AUGACAGAUCAAGGCGAAGAAAGAAGCAACAGCAAUAACUGGCCAACACCGCCAGCCUCCUCCUCCUCUGCCUCCGAUUCCGAUCACAAUGACAGUCCCCAAUUCCACGAUGCCCGCGACGAUGAUGACCGCAUCUCCGACCACAGCAUCUCACCCCCGUCCUCCCCCAACUUCGCGCCCGUAGGCCGCCCCAUGGUCCGCAAGCGGUUUCGCAAGAACGCGCCCGAGCCAAUACACCUCGACAUCCCGCACCGCAUGAAGCGCUACAGCUCGCUCGGCUCGCUACAUGACUCCUACUCUGUAAGGUUCUACGCUCAGAUAAUGCAGGCCAUAGGGGUCGAACUAAUGAAGCUUCUUGGGGUAAAGAAAGCCGUGACAGCGAGGAUAGACCGCGCCGACAACCAGAAGUUCAUCGAGCAGUUCCGGUACACGAUCGUCGCCUCGCAGUUGCUGAGUGGACAUUCAGUUGCGGGGCUGAACCACUUUUACCGAAACCAGGACGCCGAUGGCUCGAAAGGGCAGAGUAACGAUGUGGUGCUGCCGAAUUCGACGGGGUUGAUCGCGACGGCUGCGGGAGCGUUGGUCGUGGCUUUGGGGAUAAGAUGGUUGUGCUUGGGAGGAUAUACCCGGUUGACAAAAAAAGGGGUGCUGGUUACCGUCGUGGUCGCGGUUGCAGUGGGAUUGGUGGCGCACUUAUACAUCCGGAAGCAGUGGUUGAGAUAUGUAAGGAAUAAGGCGCUGGCGGAGGUUGCUACUUUUGUGGCCAAAAGUCAGGAUUGGGAUAGUGCUACUAGUGCGGCGCUGUCGUUGAUUCAGGAGGUUGAGUUGGUCUCGAGGGGUUAUAGACUGAGCGCACCACUACCGCCUAUCAGCCGAAUCGAAGACCGAAGCCAAACGCGACGAUGCGGACGUCUGCGCAAGGCCCUCAAGCAGCGGUUUGCCGAUAUGAUCAAGAGUUAUAUCCAGGUGACGACAGCGGUGAAGGGACUUUCGGAACAGUUGGAUCUGGAAAAAUACUACGACGUUUACGACAUUACCGACUUUGACGUUUCCGAUGCGAUGCAGGGGUUUCCGGAGGAUGCGACGGAGGACGCCGAGUCACUACGGGUGCUUAAGAUCGCGGCUGCAAGGUUUCACACCAUCCGCAAGCUGCUUCUCUGCGCUUUGCUUGCAUUCGAGGCUACGGGCGAUAACAGCGACUUUGUAAGAUGGUCGACGGCGGCGCAGUGUCUCAACCAGCUGAGCACUUUGACGGGUGAUUGUUAUGAGAGGCUGAGGCUUAUCUUGAGUGAUGAAGAGAGCUUCCCCGCUAUUCCCGAGACCAAGUUCCCUCUUUCCCCCAAUCGCGAGAAACGGCGAACGCAGUUCCGCAAGCUCAACUCCCUAUCGACGGGCAUCCGCGGUCUCCAAGCCAAGCUGGCACUUUUACGCGAAGAAUCCGAGAAGGCACUCAACGAAGCCGACGAUAUUUCCGAAGUUGGUUUCGACCUCAUGUCGCAAUACGAGUCCAUCGGUCAAGACCUCAAAAUGCUCCAACAAGCAUGGGAAGACGGCAAGGCUGCACUGGCGUCAGGUAUCGAUCGCAACGAGAAGCGUUUAUCCUCCAUGAGCAUGCUUUACUCGCCUGCUACUUCGCUAAGCGGGUUGACUACCGUUGGCGAAGAGAACGAAACCGGUGGUGGAGCGGAGGAUGCGCUGAAAGCGCUAAACGGGGAGACUUCUCCCCCACGAAACUCAUCACCAAGUUCCACCGAGCCGGAUGUGUUUGAGGCGGUAGCAUCACAACCGGCCCGGCCAAGGAGUAUGUUGACGAGAGAGGAGAGAUUGGUGAAAAUGAAAGAGGAGAGAGAGAUGAGAGCGAUGCAAAGGGAAAAGUCAGAGGCAAGCAGGGGCAUGCUGAAGGAGUUGGAGAUGGUGAUCAAUUUGCGACCGAAAAGGCAUACCACCGCGGGGCCAGCAGGAGGAGGAGGAAACGGGGGAAGUCUUGCACCGACGAGGCUUUCUUUAUGA